GAAGAAGAGCUCGCAUGAAGUUUAGGAGCAUAAACAAUCUCUACACUACGUGGAGCAGCCAAUUGUGAACAGAGUCACACCUUUAAAUUGUGGGGAAAGCCACCGCCAUUGUUACAGACCACUCUUGAGCUUCAGAAAUCUUGAAUCCCUGCCGCCAUGUCAGAGAUGCUGCAGCCAAAGAAUCCAUCCAAGUUUGAUUCGGUAGCUCUUGUGAUCUGCUUCCUACCAUGCCUGUUCCUCGCUUUCGGAAGAUCCGGAGCUCAAGCUACUACUCCUCUAUCUGAAGUGGCGGCACUGAACGCGAUCCUGGGGCGGUGGGGGAGGACGGCUUCGGCGACGUCGUCGCCGGCGUGGAACAUCAGCGGCGAGCCCUGCAGCGGCGCCGCCACCGACUCCACCAAUUUCGACAGCACCGCCUUCAAUCCUGCCAUCAAAUGCGAUUGCUCCUACGACAACGCCACAACCUGCCACAUCACUCAAUUGAAAGUGGACGCACUAGAUGUGGUGGGCAGAAUCCCGGACGAGCUGCAAAAUUUGACGUACCUUACCAACUUGCAUUUGGUUCGAAACUAUUUGACGGGUCCCUUGCCUGCAUUCAUUGGGACCUUGACCGGCCUUCAAUACUUGUCAGUGGGUACUAAUGCACUUUCAGGAGGCAUACCAAAGGAACUCGGCAAGCUCACCAACCUUCUGUCCCUGAGUAUUGCUACAAAUAACUUCAGUGGCCCGCUCCCUCUUGAGCUUGGCAACCUGACUAAAUUGCAGCAAUUGUAUGUGAGUAGCUGUGGGGCAAGUGGUGAGUUCCCAUCAACCAUAUCAGGACUCCAAAAUUUGAAGACCUUGUGGCUAGGUAACAAUAAUUUCACUGGAAAAAUACCAGACUUCAGCAGGACUAAUAUAACCGUAUUGAGAAUGCAAGGAAACUCUUUCGAAGGGCCAAUCCCAUCAGGUCUUUCCAGGAUGACCAAUAUCAUAGACUUAAGGAUAAGUGACAUACAAAAGGGGAGCUCAUCGUUAGCUUUUAUUAGUAAUCUGACAUCAUUAAGCACCUUGAUCUUAAGGAAUUGCAAGAUAUCAGAUAUUAUUCCCUCAAACUUUUCACAAUACACCAGUUUUCAGAAACUGGAUUUGAGCUUCAACAAUCUUACAGGACAACUUCCUCAGUCUCUCUUCAAUUUGAACUUGCUUAGUCACUUAUUCCUUGGAAAUAAUAAUCUAUCUGGUAGCUUGCCCGCUAACAAGAGCGUAACACUUCUUAACAUAGAUCUAUCUUAUAAUCAACUGGCAGGAAGUUUUCCUUCUUGGGCUAGCCAACAAAAUCUGAAACUGAACUUGGUGGCCAACAACUUCAUAAUUGGAAGUUCUAACAGCAGUGUUUUGCCUUCAGGAUUGAAUUGUCUUCAACGAGAUAUACCGUGCAAUCGUGGGGCACCAAUUUAUUCUUCAUUUGCAAUAAAGUGUGGUAGUAAUAAAACUAUAACAGCUUCCGAUGGAACUUUGUAUGAAAUUGACAACCAGAUUCUAACUACUGCUUCUUAUUAUGUGACUGAGACAAACAAGUGGGCAGUUAGUACUGUUGGAAGCUUUUCAGAUGCCUCAAAUGCUGACUAUAUUCUAUACAGUUUAUCCCAAUUCACAAAUACUCUAGAAUCAGAGUUAUAUCAGACUGCAAGGAUAUCUCCCUCAUCACUGAGAUACUAUGGGCUCGGGCUUCAGAAUGGAAAUUAUACUGUUAAGUUGCAUUUUGCUGAGACGCAGAUACUUGAUCCACCUACUUGGAAAAGUAAUGGAAGAAGAAUUUUUGAUAUUUAUAUUCAGGGAAAUCUUAGAGAGAAGGAUUUUGAUAUAAGAAAGGAAGCCGGAGAGAAAUCCCUUGCAGCUGUCAUCAAGGAGUAUGUAGCUCCAGUAACAGGCAACUUCCUUGAAAUUCAUUUCUUUUGGGCUGGAAAGGGUACUUGCUGUGUGCCUACUCAAGGUUAUUAUGGAGGAUCCAUUUCAGCCAUUAGUGUAUAUCCUUAUGAUUUCACUCCAACUGUUAGUAAUAAGCCACCAUCUACUACGUCAACAAGUAAGAAGAAGACAAGUAUUAUUGCAGGCACAACAGCUGGUGUUGUAGCUUUAGGUCUACUCUUAAUAUUUGGGAUUUUGAUAUAUUGGCACAAGAAAAGACUCAACAAGGAGGAGGAUGAUGAAUUGAUAGAAAUGAUUGCUAGGCCAGACACUUUCACGUACUCUGAACUGAAAACUGCGACUGAAGACUUUAACUCUGCCAAUAAGCUAGGAGAGGGAGGAUUUGGUCCUGUAUAUA